AUGACGCGCGCCCAACAGACCCUCUCCGUCCUCCUGCUCGUCUCCUCCCUCUACCUCGUCCUCUACUUGGGCCUGGUCCCCCUCAAUGAGACCGUCCAGAAGGAGGUCAUCCCCGUUCUCCCCUUCUACGCCGUCAUGUCAUUCGGGGCCUACCUCCUCGGCCGACUGGGCCUGGCGAUCCUGACCUUCAACGACGUCCCCGAGGCACACGCCGAGCUACAGAAGCAGAUUGAGCAGGCGAAGACCGAGCUGCGCGCGCAGAAUAUCGAUGUCGACUAA